CAGUGUGCAAGCAGCACUCAGCUGAUGGGAGGGGUGAAAGCUUGCAGACAGGAGACAGGAUCCAUGGCAACAAUCAUGGCAGAGGCAGAGACCCGUCAGAGGCUGCUGCGCACCGUCAAGAAGGAGGUGAAGCAGAUUAUGGAGGAAGCUGUCACCAGGAAAUUUGUUCACGAAGACAGCAGCCAUAUUGUGUCCUUUUGUGCUGCAGUGGAGGCAUGUGUUCUGCAUGGGCUGAAACGUCGGGCAGCGGGCUUUCUGCGCAGCAACAAGAUAGCGGCACUCUUCAUGAAGGUGGGGAAGAGCUUCACCCCGGCUGAGGAGCUGUGUAGGAAGGCCCAGGAGGUCGAGCAGAUCAUCGAGACAAAACGAAGUCAAAGCUUGCAAAGUCAGGACAGCCUUCGCAAGAUGCCCCGACUGCCCAGCCUCACCCCACAGGGAGUCAGGAACCUGUGGAUCCGGACGGCUCUAUUCGAGAAGGUGCUGGACAAGAUUGUUCUCUACCUGGUGGAGAACAGCAGUAAAUACUACGAGAAAGAGGCUGUUCUAAUGGACCCUGUGGAUGGACCUAUCCUUGCCUCUUUGUUAGUGGGACCUUGUGCUUUGGAGUACACCAAGAUGAAGACAGCCGACCACUUCUGGACGGACCCGUCUGCUGACGAGUUGGUGCAAAGACAUCGUAUCCAUGGUGGCCACUGCAGACAGGAUUCUCCCACUAAGAGGCCUGCACUGUGUAUCCAGAAGCGGCACUCCAGCAGCAGCAUGGAUGAACGCCCCUCCCCAUCACCAUCAGCUCGUGAAUAUGUGGAAUCCCUGCAUCAAAACAACAGGGUGACCCUACUGUUUGGCAAAAACAAUGUGCUUGUACAACCGAGGGAUGACAUGGAGGCUAUCCCAGGUUACCUGUCUCUGCACCAGAAUGCUGACAUCAUGACCCUGAAGUGGACGCCCAAUCAGCUCAUGAACGGCUCUGUUGGAGACCUGGACUAUGAACGCAGUGUAUACUGGGACUAUGCCAUGACGAUCCCUCUAGAGGAGAUAGUUUACUUACACUGUCAUCAACAAGUUGACAGUGGGGGGACGGUGGUGCUGGUCAGUCAGGAUGGGAUCCAAAGACCUCCACUUCGCUUCCCCAGAGGUGGCCACUUGCUCCAGUUCCUCUCCUGCCUGGAAAACGGUCUGCUUCCUCACGGCCAGCUGGACCCCCCACUCUGGUCCCAGAGGGGAAAGGGAAAGGUGUUUCCCAAGCUGCGGAAUAGGGUUCCUCAGGGAUCUGGAUCCACAGACUCGGUCUCGGAUAAGGAGGAGGACGAGGCCACAGACUAUGUCUUCCGCAUCCUCUUUCCAAACAGCCAGUCAGAAUUUGUGACUGUAACCCAUCCUCCCCAUCUGACUUCCUCCCUCUCCCUUCAACUGAGCGGACAGUCCCCCUCCAAAACAGGAACCCUGGUUGUACCCAAGAGGUCCUGCAGCUGUCCUGAAGAAUCCCCCUCACUCACAGGAAGCAGCUUGACUCCACCAGACUUGAUGGAUCAUGGAGCUUCAAUGUGGCAUCCCACUCUCAGGAAGUCCUCGUGUUCCUCUUGUUCUCAGGGGAGCUACUCUGAUGGGGCAACACCCAAGGGGUGCAACCAUGAGAGGGCUCCUCUGAAGCUGCUGUGCGACAACAUGAAGUAUCAGAUCAUCUCUCGGGCAUUUUAUGGCUGGUUGGCAUACUGCCGUCACCUGUCCACUGUGCGUACACACCUUUCUGCUCUCGUCAAUCACACCAUUGUGGCGCCUGACGUGCCGCGCGAUGCCUACAAAGGGCUGACCACAGACGUGUGGCAGACGUUCCUCCAGGACUGCACAGCAUACGAGGAGAAGGAGCUGCUUCGUCUGGUCUACUUUGGUGGUGUGGACGCCUCGCUGCGUAAAGAGGUGUGGCCUUUCCUGCUGGGUCAUUAUCAAUUUGGGAUGUCUGAAGCUCAGAGGAAGGAGGUGGAUGAACAGGUCCGAGUGUGCUACCAACAGACCAUGCGUGAGUGGCUCGGAUGCGAGGAGAUUGUCCGCCAGCGGGAGAAGGAGCAGCAUGCAGCAGCGUUAGCGAAGUGCUCGUCUGGAGCGAGCAUGGACAGUUCAAGUCAGAAGAUGAUCCACCAUGACUCCACCGUCAGCAAUGAGUCCCAGUCCUCCCAGAGCUCAGACAGGCAGAGUCUGGCUCGCCUGCAGAGCGACUCCAGCAGCAGCACACAGGUGUUUGAGUCCGUAGAGGAGGUAGACCAGAUCGAGACGGAGCCCAAGAACGAAGAGGCCAAACAGAUGCCAAAGAUGCCCAAUGGAGCUCUGCAGAACGGGACAAGCUCUCCAGACUCUGGACAUCCCUCCUCCCGCAACUUCUCUGUCACCUCCGGCCUGUCAGACGGCUCACUCAGCACAGAGGACAGCGCCGCACCUGAUACAACCCCGAGAUCUGCAGCUGUCUCUCAGGUGCCACAGAGCCCUGUCAAACCUGCAGUGGUAGAACGUGAAGGUGUGACAGUGGAAAUGGACAGCCAGGUGAAAGGUACAGUGAAGGACAAAGAGGAGGAGGAGGAGGAGGGGACAGCACCUGAUGGGGCCAAAACUGCAGAAAAUACCAAGACUGAGGUCAUGGGUGACAGCGUGAUCCAACCAUUGGAAGAGGGGCUGGUGACGGUCAACAAAGAGACAAGUCUGCAAAGUAAAACACAAGAAACUGGUGAGGAGUCUGGAGCAGUUAAAACAGAGGGGACCAAGUGUGAAGACGCACUGGCAGACAUUAAAGGAAUUAACUCUUUAGAGUCAGGAGGAACAGAAAAAGAAGUGUCCGAUCGGGAUACCACGAUGGUAUCAGCAGCUGCUACAGAAUCCAAAGGAAAACUCGCUGAGCAAAGUCUUAAAAAAGACGUAGAAGUGAGUGUUGAGGGAACAUCAAAGCUCAAGAAAACUGCAGAAACAAAUGCGGAAUUGGAAGAAUCAAAGACAAGUAAUCCACAGGAGGUAGAUCCCGUGGCUCCUGCAGUUGAAAAGAACCUUGUUUUCUCAGCAGACAGCGCAGUCUUGAGAGCAAGAGAAACCUACUUUACCUCUCAGAAAGACGAGGCUCAUGCCAUGACUGAAUCUGAUGAGUCUCCCUCAGCCAUAGAGAUGGAGGAGAUCCCCAAAGCCAAAGUUUCCAUGGUGCCUUGGAGCAGGAAGGGACACUGUGAAGCAUCGUCUUUCUCUGAGGACUCGGCCCCUCAUGUGGAGCUCAGGCAGGAGGAGGAACAGGGAAAGCCCAGUCCAGAGGGCACAGAGUCCAAUCUGUCGGAGGAGCCAGAGAUGGAAAGCCUUUACCCUAACUUUGACUCUCUGGCCGGAUCUGAAAACAUCAAGAAUGAAGCGCCCUCUCAAGAAUCUGCUGGGAGUUCCUUCUCUCAAGAGCUUUUGGACUUGUAUACAUUAAAUCUGCACCGCAUUGAAAAGGACGUCCAGCGCUGUGACAGAAACUAUUGGUACUUCACUCCUGCCAAUCUGGAAAAACUGCGCAACAUUAUGUGCAGUUAUAUCUGGAGGCACCUUGACAUCGGUUACGUACAGGGCAUGUGUGAUCUGCUGGCUCCACUUCUAGUCAUUCUGGAUGAUGAGGCCAUGGCUUUCAGCUGUUUCACUGAACUCAUGAAGAGAAUGAAUCAAAACUUUCCACACGGAGGAGCGAUGGACACUCACUUUGCCAACAUGCGCUCUCUAAUCCAGAUCCUGGAUUCUGAGCUGUUUGAGUUAAUGCACCAGAACGGAGACUACACCCACUUCUACUUCUGCUAUCGCUGGUUUCUCCUAGACUUCAAGCGAGAGCUGGUGUAUGAUGACGUGUUUGCAGUCUGGGAAACCAUCUGGGCAGCCAAGUAUGUCUCUUCUAGUCACUUUGUCCUCUUCAUUGCCCUGGCGCUGGUGGAGAUCUACAGGGACAUCAUCCUGGAAAACAACAUGGACUUUACUGACAUCAUUAAGUUCUUCAAUGAAAUGGCCGAGCACCACAACAUAAAGCAGAUUCUGACCCAGGCCAGAGAUCUGGUGUGCAAGGUGCAGAUGCUAAUAGAGAACAAGUGAUUGUGCUGUGUGUGUCUUCUUUCCCUUCCAAGUAAAGUGUGAACGGCUGUAGCAGCACGAGAGUAAAAUACAUACGAGCACACACGCUCUCGCACACACACACACACACACUACACAAAGCCUUUACAAUCACAGUUUGCUGCUAUGAGCCUUAUUGACUGUAUCCACAAUGUUGUUUGUGUCGUAAACAGGUGUAUGAGAAUAUUAUGCUUCAUAUUUGUCAGUACGUUCAAAUGAAAAACAAAAUGUAUCUGGGGAAAAAACUUAUUUCUUUCAUUUCUAAAUAUUUUUGUCAGAAAUCCUUUUAAAGUGUCAGUCCUAAUCCGAGUGCACUUAAUAUUUUGAGAUAAGGAUGGUUUUAGUCAAAACCAAAAUGCAGAGCUGAAUUCAAACCAGAGACUAUAUUUAUGAGAAAGAAUACAUUGUGAUAAUAGAUUAUAAUAAUUAUUUUGAUAGUCUAGUCUAGUCUAGUCUUUAAAUAUAUUAGCAAGUUAUCCCCCCUCUGUAUUCCUGUCCCUUAAUGAAGGAAAGAAUGUCAGCAGACUUUUAAUUUUCUUUAAAGACCCCAAAAAUAUAAUUAAUUUUCAUUGAUGACUGAUUCAGAACACCAAAAUGUAUCCCCAAACUCUGUUACGUUUCAACACGACUCAAGAAUAUUUAAGCUUUUAGCACCAUGUCAGUGAUUUUAGCAUCCAACAGUGUUUUUAAUGUCCUUUAACUGCCUUGUCUGCCAAAUAUACUGUCUUUAUUUGUUACGUGUGAAAUGUACUGUACUGAGAGAAAAAAAUGUGUUUUAACUUAUGAGGAUUAUAUUAUGUUAACACUUGUAAAAUCAUAACCUAAUAUUUAAGUGACUUAUGGAUGUUUGGACGGAGAUUUAUAUAAAGCAACAAGCCUGAUUUGAUCUUGAGUUAUUUUUCAUUAUCCAGUGAACCACUGUACAUUUUGUACAUUUUGAUUUAUUUAUUUUUUUGUCUUGUAUUGUCUGCCGCUAGUUUGUUGAAUCAAAUGUUAAUUUAAGCUUUUAAUACAUGGUUGAAUAUGGAAGAUCACUCGUGACGGUGAUAAUAUUUAGUCACAGUGACCGAAUUUAAAUGUUUUGUGGUUCCACGUUAUUCAGAUUAUUUAGUGUGAGAGUGACUUAAAAUGAAAAUGAAAGGUACAGUAUGACAAAGUUUCAAUUAAAAUAGUUAUAAAUUAAAUGAUCUGAUGUUUUGAGGGAAGCUGUUUUGGUAGAUUUGGGGCUUGUGAGUACAAACAAUAUAUAUUUUAACCCCUAAAAUUCGUACUAAUGUUGGUCUCAGUUACCGACCGGCUGUCAUUCAUUGUCUAAAACUUCAAUGAGUUGGUCUUCAAGUGUUGCUUCAUGAAUGUGGUAAGAUGAAUUGCUUUUAAUAUUGGUGUUUCUUUGUGAAUGCUAACAGCUGUCGUUUAAAAAAAAAAAAACUUAUAUUAAUUUAUUGUGACAUUUAUUUGCCAAAGUAUGUAUUUAUUUAUUUAUUCAUUCAUUUUCUCAUUCAGAUGCUGCUUUGUUUGUAAAGCUGAUAUUUUUAUUUUGUAGCCAGUUCUUCUAAAUGUGUAUUGUAAAACAAUCAAAUUAUAUAUUAAGAGUCCUAAUAUAUAUAUACAAAAUGGUAUAUGUUCUUAUAAUAAAAUAAUAAA